CCACGGAGCCGCCCACCAGCUGCCCCGCCCCAGGAGAGCCCUCCGGCCCCCUGGGAACACCAUACGCCCCUUUUGGUCCUCCGGCUCCCACCAACUCGCCCCAGGCUCCGUUUGGACCUCCAAAGAUCUUUGCGCCUCAGGCUCCGUUUGGACCUCCGAAGACCUCCGGGCCUCAGGCUCCGCCGACAACCACCUCACGGAGGGACCUCUGUGGACACCCCACCCCCAUCACAGUCUACUAAAGGGCCGCCAAUUCAGGGCGACCGAGCCAUGCGCCGCCCCUCGUUCUGUUGUGAGCAGCAUGGUGCUGGGGAGACCAAGUGUCAGCCCCAGGUCAGUGAGCCCAGCCUCGGGUCAUCUGGUUCAGGGGAGGGCGGGGAGAGCACCCUGGCACGAGUCCGAAGGUUCCUGGCCGUGUCCAUGGGCGGGCGGUCCUCAUCCCGCUGCAAACACCACAACACCCUCCCGCCCGACCCUCUCCAUGCUCCCGCCCACGCCGUACACUCUCUUCUCGCUGACAUGAAGGGCGCCGGCGUGGGCGUGCAGGGCGUGCUGGGCCGCCCACUGGAGGAGGUGAUGGCCGCCCAUGGAGAAGACACCAAUGGCCACGGCGUGCCCACCCUGGUCCACCUCCUCUGCUGCUUCCUCCUCACUCACGGUGUGGAUUACGACACCCUGGUGAGUGAGGACUGGUGUGCCGAGGAGGUGAGGACCCGACUACUGCUGGAGCGGGAGGCUGCAGGUGUGGACCCCGACGUACAGGAGACUCCCCCAGGUUCAGACUCCGCGGUGGCCACAGGUCUGCUGCGGCUGUUCCUGGACGAGUUGCCGCAAGCGCUAAUCCCUCCAGACUCUGCACCUCUUCUCCUCCAGUUAGCCGCAGACUCUGGCAUAGGUGAGGGCGAUGAGAGGGAGAACGUGUGUGACGAAGAAGGAGGAGGAAGACGACGAAGAGGAGAAGAAGAAGAAGGUCCUCCUGGUCUGUGUGUGGCCGUGGUGCCCCGCCUUCGUCGUCUCCUUCACCGCCGCCUCCCGAUACACAAUCUCUGUCUUCUGCGUUAUCUCGCCGCCUUCAUCCACCAGCUGAGGACUGGCAACCACAACACCUGCCCCGUGCCCGUUGAUUCGUUUGGCCGAGUCCUGGGGCGCGUCCUGGUUGGUCGAGACGGCGAGGGGACACAGGGUCAGUCAGCCAAUCGCCUGGGAGUACUUCUCAUCCUCUGCUACAGCGACAUCUUCCAGAACAACGAAGAGAUUGUGGAUGACGGAGACGACUACAGUGACAGCGUCAGUAGCCCUGGCAGCGCUGGUGACUCCAGGGAGGAGGGGCUCAACGACGCUGACGACGACGACGAGGCGGACACCACCACUACGGACACGGACGACUUCCGUUCGCCGCCGGUGUCCCCGCUGAAAGUGGAGCGAGCUAGGGGCGGCCUGGCAGGACUGAGGGGCGCCCCGGCCCUCCCCCUACACCCGCCGACUCUCUCCUCAAGUGUUGUAUCGUAGUACGCAGCUAUCCACCAUCUCCGCCUCUCUUGGGUGUGAGAACCGACUGACCACAACCGCCUCCCCUACCGACAUCUUCCCGCAGUCUCCCACUACAGCCACCAUGACCUUCCUGUGCUGUGCUUUGCUCUACUGUGUGUUAUAUCGCGCUAUGUAAUGUGCUGUACUGUGUUAUAUUG